GACGGAUUAACGUCAUCUGGACAGUACGAAAUUUAUACUGUUCUAAUGAUUGUGAAAUGAUUGUUUGAAAAUUUUUCUAAAAUGAUUAAUGUUAUAACUUGCAGUGACUCUCAUUUAUCUCCCGUUCUGGGUUUUUUAGUGGAAUAUGACGAGUGACUGAUUUGAAGUCAUUCGAAUAUUUGCAGUGUUAUAGACUUUUGUGAGGGACUGUUCUCUAAUUGCUUAGGAUAUCGCAAAAAUUGAGUAUGACGAGUACAAUCAGCAGCAUAACAACGCAAGUUGCUAAUGCAACUUCCCAAGUCCCUCCCACGACCGAACUAUACUCUCAUCCUUCAGAACCAAUAUUUCUUCAGACAAAACUAGCCCAAGUUAUCGCAGGAAUUUUCGUCUUUGCCGCCCUCUUCAUAACUUGUACACAGAUUUACCACCACCUAAGGUGGUACACAAACCCAGCAGAACAAAGAUGGAUAGUAAGGAUUCUGUUUAUCGUACCUAUUUAUGCAACGUACUCAUGGAUAAGUCUAUUAUUCUUCAAUUCCGAAGGAUAUUACAUAUAUUUUUUCACCGUGCGUGAUUGUUAUGAAGCAUUUGUAAUCUACAAUUUCUUGUCUCUGUGUUACGAAUAUUUGGGUGGAGAAGGUAAUAUUAUGUCAGAAAUCAGAGGAAAACCAAUUCGAUCUAGUUGUACAUACGGUACCUGUUGUCUAAAUGGUAAAACAUAUACUAUUGGAUUUUUACGUUUUUGCAAGCAAGCCACCUUGCAAUUUUGUUUGAUCAAACCAGUUAUGGCCUUCGUUAUUAUUAUAUUGCAGUCCUUUGGGCAUUACCGAGAUGGUGAUUGGAGUCCAAAUGGAGGUUACCUAUACAUCACCAUAAUCUAUAAUAUCUCUGUUUCGCUGGCUCUGUAUGGAUUGUUUUUAUUUUAUUAUGCAACACGUGAUCUUCUUAUUCCAUUCGAGCCCGUACUUAAGUUCUGCACAGUCAAGUCUGUGAUCUUUUUAUCGUUUUGGCAAGGUGUUGGUCUAGCCAUCUUGGAGAAAGCUGAAGUAAUAACUCCGAUUAACGACAGCACGGGUACUGGAACUGUUUCUGCCGGUUAUCAGAACUUCCUCAUUUGCAUUGAAAUGUUUUUUGCCGCUCUCGCUCUGAGGUCUGCCUUUCCAUAUCGUAUUUAUAUUCAAGGUAGUGUAACAGAUUCCAGAGGACGAUCCGUCACCAUGCAGAGUAUUUCGAGUAGUUUGAAGGAAACCAUGAAUCCGAAGGAUAUAAUGACAGAUGCUAUUCAUAAUUUCCAUCCUCAGUAUCAACAGUAUACUCAAUAUAGUUCAGCUGCUGGCAAAAACCAAAGAGGACAAAGAAUAUCAACAUAUGAUCCAGAUGAUCCGAUGAGCCCUAGUGGGGGAAGCGUUCCACAAUUCUACAACAGUACUGACAAUCCUAGGAUACCACCUAUGUCUUCUUCCCAUAAACCUCUGAAUUUAAGUUAUACAGAGAAAACAAUGCUUUUGAGUUCCGACGAAGAAAACUAAGAAUAUGACAUUCGAAUAACAAUUUUUUUUCAUACUAUACAUCCUACCUAUUUGUUAUAAUAAAUUUUUCAUGGAACCCAAGAGCAUGAAGGUAUUAGAUGUUAAUCAUGCACUCACAUUUUCGAAGUUGCAUAAACAUUUCGGACAUUCUUCUGUUAUUCAUUUUUAUAUUGUUGUUAAUAGAAUCUGCUAUAAUUUUGGAAAAUUAUUGAUUGGAACUAAAGGUUGUAAAUUGAAAUUUCGCUCAAAAUCUACUUUCUCAUACAUUCCAAACAUUGAAUAGGUAGCUACAAGAAAAGAUAUGAUGCUUAUAAAAUUAUGUUGAAAAUGAACUCAAUUAACAAAUAGUACCUAAUUAUGAUAAGGCCUUAUUUAUCUGAUGCCUGUUAGAUACAAGCUUUCUGAAAUUAUAGUAUAUUGAAAAUUAGUUUCUGAAUGAUACCAAGGAUGCUACCUGUGAAUAGUUUUUUAGUUUUAUCGAGAAAGAAUAUUUUUGUACUUAUUAUAUUGCAUCAAUCAGGCAGUACCUUGUAUAUUAUUAUUAGAUAUCUUCUUAUUCUUACGAUAUCUAUUCACUUCUGCAGGGGAGCUUUGUUAAGUGCAAUGAAUCAUUCCAAAAUAUAUCCGAACAUUUUGUAUUUCUUAUUGGGAAUAUAUAUGGUUAAAUAAUACUCUGAGAUAUUUUGAAAAAAAAAAUACUUAUAUUAGUAGUGAAUAUACGUCUUCUACAAAAAAUGAACCAAAGAUACAAAAUAAAUAUUGUUUAUUGUUGAUUUACCUCAAUAUUCCAAAAAAUUUUUCAUGAAUGUAAUAUGUAUUACCAAAAACGAUGUGCAAUCCCCAAUCAAAAUAUUUCGUUAUAAUUUAUUUAUUUAUGUCUGUUAUAGUGUUAGUAUAGGAACAAAUGUCAAAUAAACAUUGUUGUGACAA